AUGAGCUUACGGGUACUGCAACGUGCAGAUAUUACUGCUAAAUGCAGCACGGCGCCACCAACUGACAAACAAAAACAAGCAAACAAUUUCGCUGACACCAACUGCCGCGGCGCGCGAAGACCACUUGUCCUGACGUCGAAUGAUCAUGUGGGACUUUCCCUGCUGCAGUGCAGUAGUUCUUCUUCACGGAGUGCCCUUAUGCACAUUCUGAGUCACUGCCUUCCAUCUUAUCAACACCCCGAUGUCGCAGCUCAUCACUGUUGGCGACAUAUCAAGAUAACUGCUUCUAUUCACGAUGCUGCUGCAGUGGCAGGAAGAAGGGAUAGCUGGUAUGACCCCUUCAAGACAUGGUCCGAGACAUAUACCUUUGAUCUGUUGAUAAACUUAACCGAGGCGCAGUACAAACUUGUUCUCGGAGGCGAGCAACUUCUAUGGAGUGAGCAUGUCGACCAAUCGUGUCGCCACGCGCUGCAUCAGCAGAAAAUUUUCUGGAGCGGCAAGCAGCACUCGACGUCACCAAGAUACUUCCUCAAUUGCAUGUACAGGAUGACACAGCGCAACGUCAAUGCCAUCCCACUCCAGCCCCAGGAUGUGUACAGCUCUUGUUCACUGAAAACCCGACUUAUGUCGAGACUUUAUGUCUCUGCUCUGCGAAAAGUCACGCAGCGAAAUGGACUUUGA